GCCUUUGGAAACAUAAACCAGUGAGUUUGGAGUAGCUUCGAAACGUCAUUCUUCCGCGUUGUUGGCAAACUCAACACAACCAUUGGACAUUCCAAACAUAAUGAUAACUGCCAGGUUUUGGCAAAAAUAAACGAAAACCUUGCUCACAAUUCUUACCGAGAUUUCGACCGGUGAAACUGCUUCAGAAACUCCUGUCCUGUGGGACUACACAGCGAAAUAUGAAGAAACCACCCACUUCACAUCUAAGACAUCUAGGACAUCUGGUGGCUCAAUAAUGCAAAUGUUGUCUGCUUUGCGAAAUCGAACCACGUUUUGCUCAUGUUCCAAAACAAAUUAAUGAAGUUGCUUUCCAGUUUCCACCUGUAACAGUCCCAGGCAUUGAGCUAUCAUUCACGAAUCAAGGGUGCAUCAGCACACGUUCUUGAUAAGAUAUUGAGAAAAAUGGAUAAGGUCAAGCAAAAGACAACCUAUAUGGCAAAACAGUUGUGUGCUGUUUGCAAUAUCAGGGUGGAUCGAAGCAGCAUGGAACAACAUUUGAAGGGGAAAAAGCAUAUCUCUUUGUUAAACCAAGUAAAAACAAAAAAGAGAAUAGAGGGACAAGCAUGCAGUGAAGGAGUCUAUGUUACAGGAAUUCCAACUUCAGUUAACAAUGCAACAUUGCUGGAACAUUUUAAAAGCUUUGGACAAGUGGUUGCCAUCCAAAGAUAUGAAACAGAAAACCGAGCACUGUUGCAGUUCAAGUCAAGAAAGCAGGCCCAUGCAGCACUGAAAAGCUCUCACCAUGUUGAAGGAAGUGUAAUUGUGGUUCGUCCACGAAGAGCCGUUCAGCAUCAAACAACCACACCAAAAGAUGGUGUGACGAAUCACAUAGAAAUUUUUAAAAAUGCAUUGGAAGAAUCCAUGAAAACAGAUCCUGAGAUGUCUAUUGACGAACAGCUUCGUUCGCUGCCCACAGUCUUGGAAGUCACAAAAGAAGAAAAGUGCCGACAGACACAGAUUAUCUCAACGCUAGAAGAAUGGUUGUCACUCGAAUUUCCAUCUUGCCGACUUCACCUGUUUGGAUCGUCUGUUUCUGGAUUAGCUUUUCGUGGUGAAUCAGAUCUUGACAUCUUCAUGGAAACUCCGACAAAUGACAGUGUGUCCUCUGAUAGGGAGCCAUUUUCGUCUCAAGAAGAAACGCUGGAAAAACAGCGGGAACAUGUGAUUGACGUUCUCCGCCGAGCAUCUCACAUCAUACGCCGUCAUCCAGACGUAUCCGAUUUGUUCGUCGUCUCCCACGCACGUAUACCAGUUUUAAAAUUCGUCCACUCUCCAACAGGAAUUAAGUGCGAUCUCACUUGUAAUAACAUCAUCGGCGUCCAAAACUCGAAGCUGUUGUUCGCCCUGCAAAGCUUGGAUGUCCGAAUCAGACCUUAUUUGUACGCGCUAAAAUUCUGGGCGAAGAGUCAUCGUUUGAUUAGUUCUCCUGAAUCAUCCUUGUCGAGUUAUGCCUUGACUCUUAUGGCUGUAUACUAUUUACAACAAAUUGACCCCCCUCUUAUCCCAAAUGUGGAAUCGUUACAGAGCGCAGUGUCAGUUGAAGAACGGAUGUCCUGCAAUGGAUGGAACAUAAGUUACAAAGUACCAUCUGUUACAGAAUCAGUUAACAUCGCAUCUCAGAUAACCAUUAUUGAUUUAUUGAUUGGGUUUUUUCGUUAUUAUCGGAACCUCAAUGCGAGUGAAAUGGUUGUGUGCCCGCUUCAAGGGAAACUUGUACCUAAAAUUGAAUUUAAAGAUUCUGCUAUUUCUGCUAAAGAAGAACUGCCGUGCAACGAUGAAAACCGUGAUUUAAGACCUCCUUUGAAAUUGAGCUUGUUGACUGUUCAAGACCCGUUCGAACUCGAUUUCAACGUAUGUUUUAAUUUUCGGCAUUUUGAGUUGUUCCAGUCCCUUUGCGAAUCCGCGGAGCAUACCUGCGUAAGGAUUUUGGAUGUAAAAAAAGAAGCCGAUGUUUUAGAUCUCUUGAAAACUACCGUAAAAACGAAACUGUCCCAUGCCAAAGUCGUUGAAUCUCCUCUCGAGUCUUCAGUGUUUCUCAGAUUUCAACCGAUUGACGAUGGGACUAGUCCUGAAGAAGCGGAAAACUUGGUUCGGUCCGUUGGCCAAUUUGUAGGUAGUUUAUUUAGUUUUUCUUAUGGUAUUCAAUUUGAAGAAAAUACCCAAAUUAAAAAGAAACAUAAAAAAAUUGAUUCCAAUUUCUCUAUUCAAGACGAAAAUGGUUCUCUUUUGAAAUGGAGGACUAAUUAUUUAAUGACUGUACCAUUUGAUGUCUGUACUAACAAACGCGAAGAGUUAGCUAGCCAAGUUGUGAGUGAAAAUGCCAAAUCUGUGCUCGAUCGCGAAAGAGCUAUUACGUCAUUGCUGUCCUGUACGUCACCUGAAAAUGUAACGCCAUUUGCUGUUGUCAAUUUUUCAAUGAGUUAUGACGUGGACCCGUUAGUUGUUAGCCUACGUUUCGGAAAUACCGUUAGUACUAAAACAUUUUUUUUGAAACUGGUGAAAGAUUUUCGGCGUUGUUUAAGUAAAUCUGUUGAAAAUCAUUUGAUUGCGAACAACUUACAGUACAAGUUAAAAUGAUGAAA